CUAAUGGUCUGAUCCCUCGCAAAUGAGACAGUGGCGGAUGAGCAGAAAGAAUCAGAACAAUACUCUUUCUCUACUUAAAAAGUAAAUAUAAGUGGGGAUUGACAGGGCAUUCCAUUUUUUUUCUUUUUCUAUUUUUGUUGGGUGAUGUAAAAGUAAAACCAUUCCAAUCUUCUUUUUCUUUUGGAUUUGGAUUUGUAUGGAGAUAAUUUUGCAUACAAUUAUAGUAAUGGCCUGUAGGUGUUAGUCGUAAGAAAGAGUAAAGGGUGUAGGCUGGCGGUGGUUUGGACUUCGGUGGUGUGGUAUGGUAGGUCCGCCUUUCUUUAUUGACCUUGACUCUUCUUCUCUACUACUAUUUUUUUUUUUAAAUUUUAAACCUGCUUGCAUCUAUUAUCUGUCCUUCAGUAUUUCUUCCUAAUCCUUACCUUUAUUUAUGAUUCAUUUACCAUUCCAUAGUAUUUCUGAAGAAGGCCAGGCUAGGCCAGGGGCAGGAAACUCUUUCCAUUUUCUGCUUUUGUUUUUUUAACUGGUACUGCUACUAGUAACCCAGAAUAGAAUUUAGCACAUAGGACGGUCAUAAUUUAGCAAAAGAAGAAAGAAAGGAAAAAAAAAAAAGGAGUUCAAAUAUAAUAGCACACACAAAACUCAUCGUAUUCGUGUCGGUGGAGUGAGCAAUUCUGAAAUGGGGAUCGUUUCUCAGGAAGCGAUCGUUCAGUUGCAGGCAUUGAUGGAUCCAGUCGAUGAGCCCCUCAACAAAACAUUUCAGAAUGUUCAUCAAGGUUAUCCAGCUGAAACAUUGGUGCGCUUUCUAAAAGCAAGAGAGUGGAAUGUUGUCAAAGCCCAUAAAAUGUUGUUGGAGUGCUUGCAGUGGAGGGUGCAGAGUGACAUUGACGAUAUAUUAGCAAAACCCAUAGUUCCUACCGAACUUUACAGAGCAGUGCGUGAUUCACAGCUCAUAGGAAUGUCUGGCUUCUCAAGAGAGGGGCUUCCUGUCUUUGCUAAUGGUGUGGGACUUAGCACGUUUGACAAAGCAUCUGUUCACUACUAUGUGCAGUCACAUAUUCAAAUCAAUGAAUAUCGAGAUCGUGUAAUUCUGCCUUCUGCAUCUAAGAAGCAUGGGCGACCUGUAACUACCUGUAUAAAAGUGUUAGAUAUGACUGGCCUGAAGCUUUCAGCACUGAGCCAAAUAAAGUUGUUGACAAUCAUCUCGACAAUUGAUGACUUGAACUACCCAGAGAAGACAAAUACGUAUUACAUUGUAAAUGCUCCAUAUAUUUUCUCUGCUUGCUGGAAGGUUGUCAAGCCCCUCUUGCAAGAGAGAACAAGGAAAAAAAUUCAAGUGUUACCAGGUUGUGGGCGAGAUGAGCUGUUGAAGAUAAUGGAUUUCGCAUCACUGCCACACUUCUGUAGAAGAGAAGGGUCUGGGUCAUCUCGCCAUUCAGAAAAUGAAAACUGCUUUUCGCUGGAUCAUCCUUUUCAUCAACAGCUCUACAACUACAUAAAGCAGCAGUCCUUGAUUACUGAACCUGCUCAACCUAUCAAACAGGGAUCUUUUCAUGUGGAUCUACCUGAUCCAGCCGCUGGAGGAACAGAGAUUGCUAAAACUCUAGAGUCUGAGUUGCACAAGAUUGAGAAUAGGAAUGGGCUAUCUCGGUCUUUUAAUGGCAUCAAAAUCGAUGAUGAGUGAUGCUGUAGUGCUCUAUGCAUUUCUACAACUUGACUCUUAAUUCCGACUCAGCAUGUGUUGGCUUUGUUAGAGGGGGUAUACGGUUUGACUACCAUUCCUGCUAUAGGAUAUAAAGAAAAGAGUAACACAGCUCACAUUAUCUUUAGUUGAGUCUGAAAAAAGUUAAUACAGUGUGUGAUUAAUUUCACAUGUUGGCUGGAAUGGAUAAUUAGCUUGAAGUUCGCCUAAGCUGACGUGGAGUAGGAAUGCUAUAUUGCAUUAAUGAGUUUUCACCUUUUUUAGUUAAUGACUUGAACAGAAAAACGAGAAUUCUAUUUCAGCCUUCCUCGAAUUAUUGCUUUAAUUGAUACCUAUUGUCUAACGCAAUGCAAGUAGUCCUUUAUGGUUGCCGUAUCAAGGCAACAAGUCUCCAUGAGUUCAAUGAAACGAGAUCACGAGCUAAAUUUUGAGAGUUGCUAGUUUACUAAAAAUGCUUUUCAAGAUCCAAUAUGUAACUUCAUCGAUCUUAUUGUCAUAUAUAAUAUGAGAAACAAAAAUGGGCAAAUGUUAA